GAGCUGCGGGAGCGUGUCCUCAGAGGAAAGUACCGGAUUCCCUUCUACAUGUCGACUGAUUGUGAAAACCUGCUGAAGAAGCUGCUGGUUCUAAACCCCGGGAAACGAGGCAGUUUACAGCAAAUCAUGAAGGAUCGAUGGAUGAAUGUCGGCUACGACAGUGAAAACCUGAAACAGUUCACCGAGCCCGAGCAAGACUUCAACGACCUCCAACGCAUCGAGCUGAUGGGGACGAUGGGUUUCCCUCAGGAGGAAGUGAUGAAGGCGCUGGACGGCCCCAAAUACAACGAGGUGACGGCAACGUAUCUGCUGCUGGGGAGGAAACCUGUCGAGUUUGAAGGCACCGAGUCUUUGUCCCGUGGUAACCUGGCUCAAAGGUCACGACCCUGCAGCGACCUCAACGGCUCGAGUCAGUCACCCGCCCACUCUCGCAAUGUACCAGCCAAUCAGAAGCAGCGACGUUUCAGUGACCACGUGGCGCCCUCUAUCCCUCCGCCUGUCUCCUGCACCAAGCGUUCCCACGCCAACAGCGUAGAGAGCGACAGGAAGGAUGAGCCUGCCUCACCCAUGGGAGCUCCAGACCGCCGGAAGUCAGCCACAGAGUCGGGGAGCAUUACUCGGAGGAACACGUAUGUUUAUGAGCGAACGAUCACUGAACGCCACUCCACUGCAAUUCCCAACGGGAAGGACAGCAGUCUUCCUGAGGUUCUUGCAGCAGCAUCCCCCUCCCCAUCGCCAGGGGCAACCAUCUCCUCCACGCGCCCCCGUCAUGUCAAGUCCAUGUCGGCAUCGGGACACCCAAUGAGGUCCAGCCUGCCUCCCAUCGACGACAACGCAGAGUAUCAGAGCUCUCCCCACCAGCCUCCCUCCUCGCCCUCCGCCUUCAGCGUCACCAGCAGCAGUAGCACCACGCCGGACCGCAGCAGCUUCCCCCGCGGUUCCUCCAGUCGCUCCACCUUCCAUGGUGCUCAGCUUCGGGACCGGCGACCUGCCACCUACAACGGCCCGCCGGUCUCACCCAGCCUGUCGCAGCAUGCUGCCGUGCCUCGCCGUGGCACAUCUGCCUCCCUCAUCGGAAAGAUCACCUCCAAAUUCGUUCGCAGGAGUUUAUCGGGCGAACCUAAAGAGGAGAUCCGGGAGUCCAAGCCUCGUUCCCUGCGGUUCACCUGGAGCAUGAAGACCACGUCCUCUAUGGAGCCGGGGGACAUGAUGAAGGAGAUCCGCAGGGUUUUGGACGCCAACAACUGUGACUACGAGCAGCGCGAGCGCUACUUACUGUUCUGCGUGCACGGAGACGCCCGGCAAGACAGUCUGGUCCAGUGGGAGAUGGAGGUGUGCAAACUCCCCCGCCUUUCACUCAAUGGCGUGCGGUUUAAAAGGAUCUCUGGCAUGUCCAUCGCCUUCAAAAACAUCGCCUCCAAAGUGGCCAAUGAGCUCAGGCUGUGACGGAGGAGAACACCUCUGCUUCUCCUAAUGGCGCCGCCUGAUGGCAGCCGUCAUGUGUCGACUCUAUUCCAGACUAACUGCUGUCUGACUCAGAGAAAACACUUAUUUUACUCGACAUAGUUACUAUUUAAUGUUAUCGCUAAAUGUUGAUGCCAGUGAAACCAAAUAUUUCAACAAGCAGACGUUCAGCAGGUUGUGGUUCGUCCCUCAGUGUUUAUCGCUGCGUUUACAUGCACUGAAGAAAUCAGAUUUUUCCAAACUUUGAAAACUGAAUUGUUAAACUUAAUCUAAAGUGGAAACUUGACAUCAGGUCAAAGGGAUUAAAGAAACCAGAUGGGUCAUAAACCAGGUUUCUAUGACGAUGACAAAUACGCUUUGUUUUAAAAAGAAAAUGAUCUGUGUCUCAAUGUCCGUCCACACUAACGCACCUGAAAACACACGUCACAUGACCGUUCACCUACACCGGUCAUGUGGUGUAAACAGGAAGUAGAUCGUCUCCGUUGCAGUUGGUUGCUUUGUCACAGAAACUCCUCUGAAGGAGGAACAGUGAUGGUGAACCACGAGGUGGAACCGUUACUGACAGGAAGUAGCAAUAAAACUUAAAUGUGUGGACGUUGCUUUAACACCUGUUUGGAAAGGGUCAAUAAUUUGCAUGUUAAAGAGCCAGGACAGAAAAGAGUUUUGUGCAGCAGAGAGCGAUGAGACUGCAUGAAAUCUGGACUUUUAAUGAUAUUUCUGUGCAUGUCCAGCUCGUAUUCUUGCCUUAACCUGAUUACAGUAAGAGUGAAAUCUGGUUCCUGAAGUCAGGUGAAACAUUAACUGUGAAACUGUCCUGGCGUGUGAAACACACAAUAUUCACCAGCUCAUUGUUUUCUGAUGGCAUGAAACUCUCUCUGUUUGUUGCCUUCAGUGACCCAGCGAGCUAACGUUCAGACUGAAUGUGUUCAGACUGAAUGUGAGUGGAAAGAAAUCCAGAGUGAAGCCAGAACAUUUCUGGAGUAAGAGACACUAGAAUGUCCCUCAGUAGAGCUCAUGACUCCACCAAGGCCCAACAGUCCUCUUAAAUUCAAUCGAGCCUUAAAGCUCAGCCAACAAAACUACAACCAUCCAUCAUCUAUAUCUUGGGAGGUGGGAACAAUAGACGUGGGAACAAUAGACGUGGGAAGAUGGAGACUUGGUAACGCAAGACUUGGGAACGUUAGACUUGGGAACGUUAGACGUGGAACAUUAGAC